GUACGGCCACGGCUAUGAAAUUUUUUGUGUCGCCUGCAAUAACGCCAAAACUAUUAUCACCUCAGCAUGCAAGGCUUCUAAGAAAGAACAUGCAGCCAUUAUUUUGUGGAGCACUCGAACUUGGAAGCAGCUGCAGAGCUUACCUUUCCACAAUCUGACGGUGACACAGCUUUCUUUUUCCCCCAAUGAUGAAUUCUUACUAGCAGUUUCAAGAGACAGAAAAUGGUCACUCUGGAAAUGUAAAGAUAUCGAUCCAACAGAAUCAGAACCAACUUUUUACCUUUUUGCUUGCACUGACCCUAACGUAGCUGGGCACAGUCGCAUCAUUUGGUCCUGUGACUGGACGGCAGAUAGCAAGUACUUUAUUACUGGAAGCAGAGACAGAAAGGUUAUGAUCUGGGGCAAAUGUUGUUCAAAAGAGGAGAAUAAAGAGAAUGCCACGGGACUGAUACACCUCUGUUCAACAGCCCUGGAUGUUGGAGAUUCUGUCACUGCUGUUAGUGCCAGUCACGUGCUUGCUUCUGAUGGGAGGUAUGUUACCAGGGCACUGUUUUGCCAAUGACUUCUGAUGUUAUGUGACUUUUCAAAACCAAGCCACUU